GGUAACCAAGGCAAGACUCAGUUUAGUAUAAAGGGAAUAACAUGGUGUCCCAGAGGCUGUUUAUGUUUACUUAAAGAACACGUUCAAGUGGGGCGUAUUUCCAGACGCAGAGACAUUUUUUUUAUAACGUUUCAGUUUUUUACACUUUCAUUAUUUUCAUGUUCAGGUUUACUUGCUUAGUGGCACGUAAAUCAGCUACUUUACUAAUGUGCCAGUCUUACAAAUGGAAAGGGGGCUUCACUUUGGAAGCGUGAGCAUUACCCUGGUGCUCCUCCUGCUGCUGCUGCUGCUGAAGGCGCUCAUAGGGUUCGGGACUUCCGAAGCUCAGGGCUCCGCCACCGGACUGGAGCCGGGGUCCGACAGCCGGGGUUCGGCGGCGACCUCGGUAAAACAUGGUGCCGCGGAGGAGUUCUGCAUGGAGAACACGGGCAGCGCGGUCACUGGAGCUGACGUGACGGUGGAGGACGACGAGAACUGGUCUGCAGGGGAGGCCGAAGAGUCCCGGGGAGAAAGUGACGGAAAUGUUCGACCGACGAGGUCACUCGUGAUCAUCAGUACCCUGGACGGGCGGAUCUCGGCGCUGGAUCCUCACAACCAGGGCAGGAAGCAGUGGGACCUGGACGUGGGCUCAGGGUGCCUGGUGUCCUCCAGCCUCAGCAAACCUGAGGUAUUUGGCAAUAAGAUGGUCAUACCUUCGCUUGACGGUGCCUUGUUCCAAUGGAACCGGGACAGGGAGAGUAUGGAGGCUGUGCCUUUCAGUGUUGAGUCGCUGCUCGAGUCAUCCUACCGCAUCGGAGAGGACACCGUUCUGGUCGGGGGCAAGUCCCUCACCACUUACGGUCUGGGGGCCUACAGUGGCAAGAUCCGUUACAUUUGCUCUGCGGGAGGCUGCAGUCGGUGGGGGGACGAAGAGAUGGAGACAGAGGACGUUCUCCUGCUGCAGAGGACUCAGAAGACAGUGCGAGCCAUCAGGCCUCGAUCAGGAAUAGAGAAGUGGAACUUCAGUGUUGGGAGCUUUGAGCUCAAACUAGUCCCUGAGAAACAGACCGGAAUGAACUUUCUGGAGGGAGACUUGGCGAACGAUGACUCCUGGAAGGAAAGCCAGCGAGUCAUUAUCGAUGAACCAAAGGAGAGGGAGCACAAGGACAACAAGCAGAACCAAAACCAACAUUUGGACCUCGUCAUUAAAGUGUCUGUCCCUGAUUGGAAGGUCAUGGCCUUCAGCACCGAGCCCAACGAGCAGCUGGUCUGGGAACAUCAGUUCUGUACACCCAUCGCCUCCGCCUGGCUGGUGGGUGGGGGUAAAGUCACACCGAUCAGCCUGUUUGACGACACCACCUAUAGCAGCCGAUCAGAAUCUAAAGAGGAUGAUGAGGAGGAAUCCGACAAAGCCCAGACUGCUGCAGAGUCUAGUGUCUACCUCGGGAUGUUUCAGGGGCAGCUCUACCUUCAGUCAUCAGUGAGGAUCUCUGAAAAGUUUCCCUCUAAAGCUAUCGAAUCGGAGAAAGACAUCAUUUCUCUCCCCACUGUCAAAUGGAAGCCGCUUAUACAGUCUCCGUCUCGGACUCCGGCUCUGGUGGGCUCUGAUGAAUUUGACAAGUGUCUGAGCAACGACAAGUAUUCCCACGACGAAUACAGCAACGGCGCCUUGUCCGUUCUUCAGUAUCCUUACGACAACGGUUACUACUUCCCCUACAGCAAGAAUUACCGGGAGAAACGUGAAAGUGCCAUCAGUCUGAUAAAGAGAAAUGAGGCGGGCUCGGACAACCGCAGGAGGAAGGACCCUGUGCUGCUGCUUCCCUGGUGGAAGGAAAUCCUCGGCACCAUCAUCUUCUGCAUCGCUGCCACCACCUAUGUGGUCCGCAGGUUCUUCCACCCGCCUGCCCCUGUGGCCUACGUUAGGCAACGGAAAGAGUCGGAGACGCAGUGCCAGACCGACAGCAAGUUUGACCUUGAAGUCGUCGAAUCCAAAGAGCCGGUUGCCGUGGAGAACCGCUUCAGCGAAUAUGUGUCCAGGUACCUAACAGACUUCGAGCCGGUGCAGUGCCUCGGCCGCGGGGGCUUCGGCGUCGUCUUUGAAGCUCGCAACAAGGUGGACGACUGCAACUACGCCAUCAAAAGGAUCCGCCUGCCCAACAGGGAGCUGGCCCGGGAGAAGGUGAUGCGGGAGGUGAAGGCUCUGGCUAAGCUGGAGCAUCCAGGGAUCAUCCGCUACUUCAACGCCUGGCAGGAGAGCCCCCCCGAGGGCUGGCAGGAGGAGAUGGACCAGAGGUGGCACAAGGACGCCAGUACCACUGACUGGCCGAUGAGCGUCCCCGACCACAUGGAGGUGCUGUCGGUCAAAGUCCCCGUGUCCAGCUCUGUGUCCCCCACGUCCGGUCCAGACGGAGACACAUCCGUCAGCGCUCAGGCGCUCCUCUCCAACAGCAAUGCCGGCUUCAGCGCCAACGACGGAGACGGCGACCUGUCCUUCCAGCCGCUGCCGGGCCACGACAGCCUGAUGUCCGAGCGGGACAGCCAGGCCGACCCCGACGCCUCCGACACCCCCAACUCCUUCGAGCUGUGCUCGCCGCGCGGCCCCAGCGACUGCACCUCCUCCUCCUUCGACAUCGUCUUCGAGGACUCCGGCUGCGAUCGGGACGCCGACGCCGACACGGACUCGGGCACGAGCGCCGCCGGUCCCGCAAUGCUGACGGAAAAGAAGAGUUCUUCUAAUUCUCAUGGCAGGCAGGAGGAGGCUGCGCCGCCGGCUUCCUCCAGUCCUCCUCGACCCACCUCGCUCACCCUGGCUCUCCCAGCCACCCAGCCGAUCCAGCGCUUCCAGCCUUCCCCAAAGGUGUACCUGUACAUCCAGAUGCAGCUCUGUCGGAAGGAGAACCUGAAGGACUGGAUGGCUCAGCGGUGCCAGCCGGACCAGAGGGAGCUCAACCAGUGUCUAGACAUCUUCCUGCAGAUCGCAGAGGCCGUCGACUUCCUGCACAGCAAGGGCCUGAUGCACAGAGACCUGAAGCCUUCCAACAUCUUCUUCACCAUGGACGACGUGGUGAAGGUGGGGGACUUCGGCCUGGUGACCGCCAUGGACCAGGAGGACGACGAGGACGAGCCCAGCGUGUUGACGCCCGCCCCGCUCCUCACCCGGCACACGGGCCAAGUCGGCACCAAGCUCUACAUGAGCCCGGAGCAGCUCUCCGGUAACUCGUACUCUCACAAGGUGGACAUCUACUCGCUGGGGCUGAUCCUGUUCGAGCUGCUGUACCCCUUCAGGACCCAGAUGGAGAGAGUGAGGACGCUCACUGAGGUCAGAGCACUGCGCUUCCCGGAGCUUUUCUCCAGAAACAAUGCUGAGGAGCUGACCAUGGUGCGCAGCAUGCUGUCUCUGAGCCCCGGCGAGCGUCCCGAGGCGGCCGACAUCACUGCCAUGUCCCUGUUCCAGGAGCUGGAGCUGCCGUGCCGGCUCGCCGUCCGGCAGCGCUCCCGCACCUACAGCUCCUCCUCCAUGGGCCGCCCCGCACGCCAGGCGUCCUCCAGCUGAAAGCGCUCAGUUCUGAGACGAGAAGCCCCGCCCAGCCCCGCCCCGCCCUGUUCACCUCGCCACCAGAGAAUAGCAACAAAAAAACUUUUUAAACGUAGACUAUAUCCUGCCAGUUAACUCUAGAAAAACAUUGUGUCGUUUAUCGUUCAUGCUACCCAACGUUCACCCUUUAAAAGCGGGGGAAGGUUCUUUCAAGAGCAUUUUUCUUGUGGGUUCGUAACAAAACAAACAAGGGCACUUUUUUUUUUUUAUCCUGCUCUCAGCCAGCUGUGUGUAAACCUGCCCAAUGAUUUCUCUGCAGUGUUUACCGCUGAUCUCUACAAACUGCCUCUUUUAUCACUCUUACCUAAAUCGUCCUCGAUAGCGAUGCUCAAAAAAACAACAACACAAUAACAGAUCCGGUCAAAACGUACCACUCGCUCCCAACGUUGAGCCAGUGUUCAGUCCCACACCGCUACGCCUCAGGUAUGAAGAACCAAGGGGACACUCCUCACUCCGAAGGGGCCUUUGAUGUUCGUGCAAACACCGAGCGGUGUUCCCACACGCAAUCUGCCCGAUGUGGCAGACCAAAAAAAAAAAAAGAAAAAAGAAAGAAAGAAAACACAAAAAACGAAGACGACCAUCUUUUUCUCAUGAUCAUUAUUUUUUAAUAAGAGCUGACGCAUUGCAUAGAGAUGAGUUUGAGUCCCGUUCGCCAGAUGUGACUUGCCUUUAGAAUGUGGCCGUCUGCACUCUCAGGCCGGAUGCUAGCGCUAACCCUCGUGUCGUUUUGCAUGUAUCAGACGGGAACAUGAAGGGAUGAACGUGAGAUUGUUUUGUUUUGUUUUUAUCUUAAAGCCAGUACUUUUUUCUCUGUAUAAAUUUUCCAGAUGAACUCCAGAGGUGCUCAAACCUUUUCUUGCGCCUCUUCUUUACCAUCUGUACAUAGUUGAAGGCAGAAUUUUGUUUAUACCCCUUUUACCCCCCCUCCCCUUUGGUUAAGAUAAGUUUGACCAGUGAUGUACAUAUCGUAAGGCGCCAUUGCUUGUAAAAGGCUUUUUUUUUUUUUUUUAGUUUUUUCAUAUUUACCUGUAAGAUAGUGUGAUAUACUGUGAGAGACAAAAACAAAGAGGAGGUUCACUCUUUGCCAUUAAUGGAUAGCUGAAUGUUACAGUGUGACCCCCCUCCCCCGCCUGGAGACAAGACCACGGUCUCCGGGGACACUUAUUCUCAGUGUUUGUUUUCACAUGUUUUUUGGGGAACCAAGUGGAGAGCGUUGCCUUGCUUUGGUAAGAGAAAAAAAACCAAAACACCAGUGGGUGUUUUUUUUUUUGUUGUUUUUUUUUUUUCUCCAGCAGGACCCGGAGUGCCAUUAGGAGAGACAGCUAAGUGUACUUUUCUGCAACCAAUAACACACCUCUGAUUAUGGAUGAUUCAACAGCCUUGUGCUGGUGAUUUCCCCCCUGAAACGCACAAAACUAAAACUUUUUUAUGGUUACAAUAAGAAAGGAAAUUGUUUGGGGUUUUUUUUGUUGUUCUUAUUGGGUUUUUUUUUUUGUUUGUUUUUUUGUAGAGAUGCACCGAGAAUUUUCAGCUCAAUGGGCAAAUACAAAAUCUGGUAUUCUUCCUAUGUUUGAACACACCAUACACAAUAGUUAUCAGCUAGUGAUAACAGUUCUCAGUGUGGAUGUUGUUACUGUGUGAAGAAGACCUAAGGUUUGUCAUUUUCAGCAUCGGUGAAGACCGAAAACUGACUUGAUAUAAAAUAGAGGCCAAAGUAAUGGAAUUUAAAUGACUUUGAAAAUGUACUCAGAAAAUGAAGGACAGUCCCGAUUUAUUAAUUGAAGCAUAUGUUUACGGCCCUUCGAUUUCGAUCAGUGUUUCAUAUUGAACUUCAAAAAUGAGGAUAAAUGUAAGCUAGCUGACGCAUUUACAAACCUAAAGUAGUGCAAUCUCUGCAAUUGUGAUGCAUUUAAUGAAUGGAGUGAAAAGAAAGCUGAAGAAAUCUGUGGUCAGAUCGGUGCAUCGCUACAAACAAAACAACAUAAAAACAAAGGUUGAGCUCUGCAGCUCUCCUGUGUGGCAGCAAUACAGCGUUUCCAUAAAAAGAGUUGGUUGGUUUUGUUUUAUCCCCUCUGCUGUGUCUGGGGAACCUGGACCUGAUGAUGGUUGUGUAAUCCACAUGGCCUUUUGUUUUAAUGCGCUGGAAGAGUCACAUGACCUGCUUUUUGGAACUACACACACAAACUGUUGGCUGUAGGUUGUGCUUUCUAUGAUUGUACUUUUCUAAAGACCUUCUCUUUUUUCACAAUGAGUGCAGUUUUUUUAUUAUUAUUAUUACUCUGCAGGGUUUUUAGAUCACGUUAGUCUUGACUGCGUCAGACGGAACAAGUCACACUGAUGUUUGUUGGGGGUUUUUUGUUCGUUCAUCCGGUCAGCUUACAAAAGAUGAUUCAGAGUUGUAAAGUUAUCAAUGUUUCGAAGUUCAAACCAGGCCCACCCUGUUAAAAGUGAAAACUGGAUGGUUUUAAAGUGAUAAGCCUAACCCUUCAGGUGUUGUGUUUGUAUGUUACUUUAAUCCUUUUCUGACUUUUUUUAUUUAGUUUUGUUUGUUUGGGGGUUUUUUUUUAGAAAUGUUGUUGCAAUUUUUCUCUUUGAUUACUGGUUUAUAUUUCAAGAGAGGCUUUGGAAUAAUCAUUCCUCAGGAGUUUUUGUUUCCAGAGUGAAUUUUGCUCCAAACACAUGUUGGAAUGGGACAAACCUUCACAACUUCAUUCCACUACAUUAGUAAAAUGCCGCAUCAUCUUUGUACACCAACUGCAGCAUUGGAACAUCUUUCCUAAACGUGAUCCCAUCCCAGGUUUUCUGUCCUCGUUUGUUUUCCGGAAACCCGAGUCGUUUUCUCGGAUAAAUUGUACGAAUGGAAGCCAAUUCCAUUGUGCGUCUCGAGCCUCUGCCUGCAGACGCAGUCGCUUUGGUCUCUGUGCACCAAUCCCAUUUCUCCGUCUGUCCAUGUUGAACUGUAAAUAUGUCGAUUUGGUUUAUUUAUGUUUGGUGGGCGUGAUCAAUCCUUUGUGGGUUGGCGUCACACUGAGCGCUUCAUGCCAUGGAGCGCAUUGGAAUACGACUUCUUAUAAGUCUGAAUUUAAUAAACUGUUCUAUACAAUUUU